AUGGAUUUUAAUCAGGAGGUCACGGAAAAACCGUUAUUUUUUGUGAUGGAAGCACUGAAACACCAGAUUUCUUAUUUGCUUGAUUAUGAAAGUGAAAAUGAAAUUCAAUCCGAAAAUGAUGUCAAUGAAACUACCGUGCAGAGAUUUACGCCGCACCGAAGAAGGCAAAAAAUAAGUUUCUCUGAUGGACGCAGUGUACGAAAAGCACAAUGGUUAAAUGAUAUCACUAGUGAUUUAAAUAUGAUAAAAAAAGGCCGGAUGGGUGCAAGAAAACAACGAAGAUAUGAGAAUGCACAACUUUUAUAUUCAAUGGUAGAUGCCGGAGAUAUCUGCGACGAUUAUUCCGAUAUCUUACAGUCAACAGUAACAGCUCUCUCAAAACUGUUUACCGAAGAAGAGAAUAUGCAGGCUUGGAAUAUUUUUAUUGAAAAGAAUGAAGAGGAACAACGAGAAUUUCUAGAAAGCUUUGAAACAGAAGUGCAUCAACAAUGCUCCUGUUCAGAUGAAGGAGUUGAUAGUUUUGAACAACAUGCUUCUGAUGGCCAUUCGUUACACUCAGCGGAGGUUUCGUUUUCGCGUUUGAAUCGACGAUUGAGGAUGAUAUUAAGGCAUAAAACACUACCACUGGAAUUCAUGGCUGUAAAUGAAAAUGAAAUGAGAAAAUUUUUCCAUAAAAAUGUCUUGCCAUCAUCUUCAUCGGAAUGGUCUUCAUCUGUCUUACCACGAUUGAAACGUCUUAUUAUACACGCGUUAUCGCAAUAUCUUUCUCUAAUCUCGAAAAGUGUAGUUAUUGGUAGUGGUGGUGAGAAGCUUGUCAAAGUCCGCAAUAAGUAUUGUUCAUUUCGUCCACCUUCGGAAACUCUGGUUGACUAUUUAAAACGAAUGAAUGGAGCUGAUAACGCUGGAAAAAUCUUCUGUGAUGUAGUUCAAUAA